UGAGAAUGGAAACUUGCUCGUGUUAGUGAAAGUCCAUUCGGGCAUCAAAAGUUGAGAUACGUUCUUAGCGUGGGAAAAUGAAUACACUUUUCUUGAAUUUCUUUCUCAAUUUAUAUUUAUAUUUAUAUUGUUGUUUUGUACGUUUUUUGUUUUGUUAUAGACAGUUAAACACUAAGCGUGACUUCAUCGCAAAUAAAGUAGCGAAACCAACGAAACGAUUAUGUACCAACCAACCCCCUCUUUCGCCGAAGCUAGCUUUGGACAGGUAAAACCAAGAAACGGAAUGUGUAGUCGUGAUCCCUACGCUCCCCUUCCAUAUGUCAUGUCGCAGUGGGGAAAGGAAAAUG